GGAUAGGUAGCCUAACAGACAAGUACGUGGCAGAUUGUUGCUGAAUUAGAGCCAAGGGUUGAAGAUCAGAUCGAGAAUUCAACUAAUUCAAUCUCUAGCUAAUUUGUGCAGCUCAACUGCUUUGUCGAGCAAUCCGCAGUUGCUAUGACUACACGUAACUAAGGAGAUUUGUUGACAUUGGCAACCGGACGUUCUUGGCAGCUGUCCCCACGUAGCCUAGAUACCAAACAUUUAGCCUUUUUAUAGAAAAGUAUUUACUUUUCAUUGAGACACGCUUUAUAUAUGCAAUGGACUCCAGUACGUUAUACUACUCAUUGGACCUCGUUUCUGGUAGCGGUUUAACUUUGAGCAGUGAGCAAAAAGCUGCCCUGCAGACUUCCCUGGUCAUUCUGAAGAGGAACAACAAAUUCAAUCGUGUCCUGUUUUGGGGCAAGAUUCUGGGCAUAAAGGGUGACUAUUUCAUUGCUCAAGGGGUUUCAGAGGAUGAGAUGACGGAUAAAAAGAGCCUUUACAGUUUCAACUGUGUGGACUGGCACUUGCUUCCCCCUGCCACUGAGGCAAUGCUAGCGGAAGUUUCUGCUACAGCAAAGGGUCGCUUCGUGGGAGACCCCUCACAUGAGUAUGAGCACACCGAGAUACGGCGGCAAGGGGAGGGGGACGAGGCUGUGGAGGAGGAAGUCGUGGUGGGGACAAAUGUUAAGGUGAAAGAGGAGAAGAGGCUGGCCUCCACUGUCCACACCAUUGAUAAGGAGGUGUCUGUGGUCCCGCGCGGUGCCUUCAUCAAGAGUCCCCAUGGCCUGGUGCAGACCAAUCGCAGCUUUGAGGGUCUGUCCUCAUUGGAGGCAAGUAAACUCAGCUACUUCCUGCACUUCACUGAGCCGCAGAAACUGAAGAAGAAAUCCAUCCUGGAGCUGGCUGACCUCAACCCCUCCAUUGACUUCCUGGAUCCUUUGAGUGAGGAUAUCCCCAAAGGUCAGGGCCCCUGGGCACGUGCCCUGUGUGCCCGGUCCAUAUUCGGCCAUGGUUUUAUUUCUACAGGGUCGUGGAGCUUGCAGUUUGAGCGUGGCAGCACAGUGUGUGUGAUCCGUAGCAUGCUGUGGCUGGGCCUGACCUCCUUCCAUGUACCCAUGACCCCCCAGCAUGGAUACAUCUACAUGGGCGACGGACUGAAGAACCUGGACCUGCCCUUCAUGCUUUAAAAAGCCAGUGAGAUCCAGAGCUGGAGAGCCAACACCUACCACUUAUCUAAACUGAGAAUCAUCAUCAACCUCUCAUCUGAGCAAGCAGUGUUUCAUCCCCACCCAAAACAGUUCUAUUUAUGCAAGAGAUGUUUCUUUACUGUUAUUUAAAUUAAAUAAACAAACUAAAAUCA